GCGCCCUCUUAAUCGAGCCUUUCUCACGCAUGCGCAGUGUAGGCGUCUGGUGGCAGUGGUUGGCUUCACACUGCAGAUAUGUUCAUUCCGAUGCCAUACAUUGUCGAGGUGAAUACAUUUUUUUUGCUGAUUUCCGUGACGACAAUCAACAAAUUUAUGUACAAUAAAUGUACGUAUUUCUUUUUCGGAUUACGAGGGCAAAUCAAAAAUUGUCUAUUUGAAUCUUUGGCGAAUCCUGAACAUUAAUUUAUCGUUUGCUGUAUAGCCCUGAACAGAAUAAAACUGAAACGGAACGCCAGCACGAGAUAGAAAAAGAGGGAAGUAGGUUUCUCGCCACCAUUUCACGCCACCGUAUCUCGCCAUCCUUUCUCGCCAUCGUUUCUCGCUACCGUUUUUCUUUCAAGGAUUGUUUUAAAACAUUCUGGAUUCAAACUUGUUUGUAAUGACCAUUAUGGUCAUCGUCAACUGUAUAUGAUCGCCAGCGUUUCUCGCCACCCUUUGUCGCCACCCAAUGUCGCCACCAUUUCUUGCAACCGUAUCUCGCCAUCCUUUCUCGCCAUCGUUUCUCGCUACCGUUUUUCUAUCAAAGAUUGUUUUAAAACAUUCUGGAUUCAAACUUGUUUGUAAUGACCAUUUAGGUCAUCGUCAACUGUAUAUGAUCGCCAGCGUUUCUCGCCACCCUUUGUCGCCACCUUCUUGCCACCGUUUCUCGCCACCAUUUCACGCCACCGUUUCUCGCCAUCCUUUGUCGCCAACGUAUCUCGCCAUCCUUUCUCGCCAUCGUUUCUCGCUACCGUUUUUCUAUCAAGGAUUGUUUUAAAACGUUUGGAAUAUUUGCCAGGAGACAAAGAAAAUGAAGCGAAAGAGGCAGUCAAUAACAUUAAAGGAUUUUCUACCUUCUUCAUCUACUUCUUUAAAUAAUACUUCAAAUUCUUCAAAAUGUCCUGCUACUGCUGCAUGUGGGAAUAGUUCGAAUAAAAAUAAGGAAAAUGCGAAACGACGUCGUGCCGAUAAAGAUAAGAAGGAUACCAAUUUAAAGAAGACUAAGAAAGAUGAUUCUUUGGAAAAGAAUAAAAAGAAAGUUACUAAAAAGAGAACGGCGAACAAUGAGGAAGAUGAAGAACCUCCUAUGGAUGAGAGAAAAAGGAAGCGACUCAAACGAUUGGGAACUCGAAAGUCAACUGUCAAAAUAUUCUUGGGCACCAUAUGUAAAUCAAAUGCCGUAAAGGAGAGAAUAAUUGAAGAUGCGAAAAUAGUAUCCAGAAUGAGAAUAGAAGUCUCUUUGAUGGCGUUGCAGUCUCUUUAUCAUGACACAAAUCAUUAUUUGCUUGAAAAGUGGACGAACGAUGGUCCCAAUUAUUUAGAACUCUUUAUUGCGUUGAAAAGAAAAAUAAAUACUCAAGUUGUUCGAGAUCCUCAGUUUGUAGCGCUAAUCGAAGAAUAUAAAGUGACACGUGGCAAUAUGCCACUUUACGAUUGUGAAAAUCGUUCGGCCAUUAUUCAAGAAGAAGCCCGUAAAAUGAAUCGGGAAUUUAAAACAAGUUUCUUGAAACAUUUCGAAUCUAGAUUGACGAGAUUGGUUCAACAUCUUUUAUCAGCAAAAGAUAAUGCUUCAAACUCUGAUGCUGCCGAUGACGCGGAAGAAGAGAAUAUUGUGAAGGAUGCUCUUGAUAAUGAUGACGAUGAUGAUGCGGAAGCUGAGAGAAUUUUAAAAAUGGCAAGACGAGAGAGACACAAUGAAAAGAAGCGAAGGAAUCGCAAAAAAUUCAAAGCAAAACGUCGCAAACUAAAAAGGAUUGAAGCAACAGCAGCAGCAGCAGCAUCGAGAGAAGAAAACCAUCGUAGGACUGCCAAAGAAAUUGCAAAUUUUAAAAUUCAAGAAAGAAGAGAAAAUCGUGCCAAGGACAAUUCACAUCGUGAGAAAGUUUUUUCAAAAAGAAAAACUCGAAAAAGAAGAAAACAUCCAAAAACUCAUGGGAAAAGAAAGGAUAUUGCCUUAAAGAGUAGGUGGUCGAGCUCUGCAAGUAGAAUUCGCAACAACACUGUUAGCACGAGAAAAGAAGCUAUUCAAGUUGUUGAAAAUCUUCUCAACAACAAUGAUUGCGACAUUGCCGAAUUUAAUAAUUUUCUGAAUCCUCAAGAAAAGUUGAAUUUUCAAAACAUGAAACGAGACGUAAACGACGAUGGUGAGGAAGAUGAUCGCAAUUCUGAAUGGACAAAAUUCAUUCCAUUCAUGAUACGUGUUCAACAAUACUUUCACGACAACAAUAUUCACAAUUUUGUUCUUGUACCGCAAGCUCAACUCGGCAUUGCACAUGUAUUGUAUUCCAAUACAGGUCUGGAAGAUUUAAAGAGGGGUGCCGAGCAGGAUGUAUUUUUGAAAAAAGAAUUGCAGAUAAGGCGGCAGUCAAUUCCUUUUAAACAGAAGCAACUUCAAAUCAAAGAGGCAAAAACUUGCAAGAAUGUAGAAAUCAAUCGAUUUUUACAAAUCAAGAAUAAAAUUCAAAGAUGGGAGUACAUGUUUGACAUUUCCAGCGCGGAAAGGGGCAAAGUUGGUGCAUUUGCUGAAGUGAUGACAACAAAUGGCGUCGAUGCUUCAAUAAUAUUUAAUGUUCCAAAAAUGGAAUCUGUUGAAGAAAAGGAAGGCCCUGCUCCGGAAACUCGUUUCAAAGUCUUUUAUGGUUUCGAUCCCGGCAAGAAGGCGACAUUGGGUGGUGUAAGAAGAGUUCGUGGUGCACAACCGUCAAUGGAGGACAAAUUGAAGGAUAAUCACAUUUAUUUAAAGAGCAGCAGUUUUCGUUGGCAGAUGAAUGAUUUCAGAAGAAGGGAAAGAAAAAAGGAAUUUGGUCUGGAUCUUCAAAAAUAUUAUAAACAGUACGUGCUUGAAAAUCCAGAAAGAAUGGCCAAUUUUUCAAAUACCAAUCCGCGAGAUUACAAGAGAAUCAUCGAGUAUAAGCUGCAUCUGUUCGAAAGAUUUCAAGAGUUGCACGAGCAAAAAUGUGUGGUGCGUUUAAAAAUGGACAAAUAUAUUUCGCGUCAGAGGGAAUGUGAAAAAUUGGUGAAUUUCUUCAUUGGAGACACUUUUCAAAAACCUUGUUUUGUGGCUUUUGGUAAUGCAUCAUUACCAAACUUUACACGUGGCUACGUUGGUACAGCGUUGAAUCAAUUGAAGAGAACGUUUGUUAAUCGAGCAAAACAACUUGGUGACAAACGCUUGAAAUUCGUUAAAGUAAAUGAGUAUCACACGACUGCGCUGUGCAGCAAUUGCUGCUUUGAUGUGAUAAAAUCCAAGAGUCCGCACAGAUUUCUGCAGUGUAAUAAAUGCCGCACUACCUGGGAACGUGACAUUAACGGUGGACGAAAUAUUCUAAACGUGGGACUCAUCGAUGAGGGAAUAAUCCCCAAGGAAGCACCAUUUGACGAAGCGACUUUCCAUUAUAGGAAUAAUUAAAUUUUCUACACCUUUUUAUCAUUCGACGCCUUUCUUAUUGGUGUUAUCGUCACAACUUUGUUUGUUCACCGUCUUCAUCAACAAAUCAACGAUUCAAAAAAAAAAAAUUAUAUUCGCGCCUGGCAGCCCUCGAGGAAGUGGGGACACUCUGUUCUGCACCCUAGAGGCGGCAUAUCGGGUCUUCAAGUUUACUUGAUUGCAAGCUUUCAUGCGUACUGGCCCCUUAUGGCUAAAUAAGGGGAGAAGGGACCUCCUCAUUAAUUCUUAUUAUCACUAUUGAUAAGAAUCAAUAAUGAGGAGAGGGAUUUUUUUAAUUUUUCUUAACGUUUCAUUUUUUCAAUUUUUAACAAUUUUAAAUUACUCUGUUUCAUUUUUCUUUAACAAUACUUUUUUACCAUAGUUUUUCUUUUUUUUAUUUUAAAAUUCAAAUAAUAAUUUUUUUUAAUUCGAUCCAAACAUGACCCUAACAAGUACUGGAGGACAUGGCAAUAAAAAUAAAUAAAAUAAAUAAAUAAUAA